AUGGCAGGUAUCACAAACUGGGUGCACCCUGCAGUUGCUUUGCUGCCUCCAGCGGGCGGCUCCAACGCCGUUUCUUUCAGAGACGAGGAGAUGUCUGGAGAUGCAGACGUGCAGCAUCAGCGCGAGCUGAAGUUUCCGGAGCAGUCAACUCCGCAUGCGCUGUCUCUUGCCGAGAUCUCUGGCCUCGCAAAGCCGAGAGCAGUUCCACCUGCCUUCGUUCCGCCAGCUCAAAAUGGCGGCUACACGAAAGAGCAGCUCAAGGCUCUGAGAAUUGGUUGGCGGGACAGCGUCUGCCAGUCCAACGAGAAGCGCGUCAAAGAGUACGAUCGUCAGCUCGAGGAGGCUCUGGAGUACGAGGAGGAAUACUUGAAACAGUGGCGCAAUCGUGAUGACAAUGCGGAUCUGGUGCUCGCACGGCGCUCCUACGAGAAGGGUUUUGCCACAGACAACGGGAAGACACAGCUGGCUGUGUCCAUACCGAUCGAGGACCCACUGCAAAGCUUACUAGCCGAGGCAAGAGAUGAUGUGGUCAACUGCGUGUUGCUGCUAUCAGGCAUGCACAGUCGGAGUGAGGCAGCCGACGUUGAAAAGAGCAGCACAUGGAUUCCAGAAGUGGCCCACAUUCCGCAAAAGGACAUGCACAUAACUGUUUGCAUUCCCAGUCUCUGGAGAGAGCCGGACACGGACCCGAAAGCACACGCCGAGUACAACAGUCAAGUCGUUAAGGCGCUGGAACAUGUCGCAGCAGAUCACGAGGCCUUCGUGCUGGAGGUGGACCGAAUUAUGCUCGCCAAAGACGGAUCCCUGCUGGCUUUGUUUCGGACCGUGGGAACAAGUGACAGCGACAAGGGCCUGCGUGAACCUGGCGUGCUGAGCGAUCGUGCCAGUGCGGAGAUGGAUCCCAUGACGGCGCUGAGAACCGACGUUUUAUACGUCUUCCUAGAGAAGAAGCUGUCUCAUAUUCAACGAAAAGACGAGCUGGAUCUUGCGGCGGUGCACGAGCAUCCCAAGCUUUUAAGACAAGCGACCAUCGUGAGAACUGUCGGUGGAUCUGCUCAUGGUUACGUGCACUGCUCCUUGAGCCGACUGGCCUUGGGACCCGAACUCACAAAGAAGCAACUGGACCUCAAGCAUCUUCACCGGAUCUGCAGGUCGUGGACUGCAAAACUUGCAGGACGUCGGAUGGCUGUGCGCGGUUUCAUCUUGAGCGAGAUGACUGGGCUAGGUGAAGGCGGCAAUAAGAAUCCUUUCGACAAAGCGAGAUGGUUGCAAGGCAUCAGUCUCAACAACAAGGAAGGCUUCCUCGUGACUCAGAUGUCAGAACAGUUUCGGCGUGAAACUGACGAUCCUCGCGAGAAUCCUAAUUUUUUCCUGACUCAGGAGGACCCAGACUUCUGGAACAAUGCGGCGCGCAAGCCACACAUGAAAGCGCUGAUGCAAUCCGACGACCAUUGGAAGCUGAGAAAAAAUACUUGGCUCCAGCAGUUCUCGGAGGUGCAGACCACGAAUCAAUUCCGAAGAGAGCUCGCGGACCGAUUGGACGAAUGCACCAUGGCCACCCGGCGCUUGGUCAUGCCCAUUCUGCACUACAGGGCAGUGGAGGCCUACUUGAUGCAGGUGGUGCGGCAAGCUCAAGAGCGCGGCGUUCCAUUUCCGCAGUUCCUUGAGGCUCCUGAGACGCAGAGGAUGCUCUUCGACUUUCGCAAUACCAUCGAUGCAGAAGGUGACAAGGGCGCCGAUCGGAUUUUCCAGGAUUGGCAUCAGCGGGGUAUCAAGGAAGAUGCUGCCAAACAAGAGCGCCGCAAGAUCGAAGGGCCCAAAGCAGUUUCUAGUAUGAAGGAAGUGCAUGAUGGCCUGAGUUUUGCCACCAAGUAUCGUAAGGAUGGGGUGGCGGAAUGGGAAAGAGGCAAUGCUGAGGAUGCCUUAAAGGCGUGGCGACUUGGGUGCGAGGCUUUGGAAAGGAUACGGGUGCCUGACACUCAUGCUUCCGAGCAGAAAUUCUUCUCGGAGGUCCGAGUGGCGCUCUUGAAGAACAGAGCUCUAGCAGCACUCAAGCUGCAUGGUUGGCAGGAGGCGCUUGAAGCUGCAGAGGAUGUGCUCAAGACGGAUGACCAGGACCACAAAGCUUGGUUCCGGAAAGCUUGCGCUUUGGAAGGCCUGGGCCGACUCCGGGAGGUGGAGAGAUGUCUGAAGAUGAUAGAUACCAUUGCAGUCGGGCGUCCUGACAGGGACCGACUGGAGCGUGAGACGUCUGCCAAGCGGGAGAAGGUGCAAGCACUGCUCAGUCGAGACGAGGCGUCGCAGCAGCGCAUGCUGAAGCUGGGGCUGAAGAAAGGCCUCUUCAGCGAGGAGCGAGCUGCUGCACCGGUCUCGAAGAAGGCGCAGCAGGCCUUGGCACCGGAUGUCCUCGGACAGACUCCGGCGUUGGUGAAUGUGGACGAUGCCACUCGGAAGCGGCUUACGCACGAUGGCACUGAAGAACUUCUGAAGGAGCUUGAGCUCGUCUACUCGGAGCCCAACUUCCGCGAGCAGGUACGGAAGCUUGCUCGGGAUGUGAAUGACCAGGAAGAGUUUGUUCGCUACCUGAAUCAGGUGGCUUUGCCAGUGCAGAAGCCGGUCCUGGAGCGAUGGGGCUUCGAGGCAACAGAAAUCGGCGUCACUGAGAUGCGAAAGGCCAUUCAGGACCACACCGUAGGUGAUGAUGCCAAGCUCAAGAGGCAAGCUCAAGCUACCACGCGUGCGCUGUAUGGCGAGAUGUACAACGCGGUCCGAGGUAAGACGGAUCGGGAGCGAGGCGCUCCGACGUCGGCCUCCUUCGUCCCGGAGAAGGAACGGCUAAAGCAAGCAGAGAAGAGGCUGCAACGGCGGUUGCGUGGAGAGGACCCCAAUUCUGAUGACGACUCCAAAAGCAAGGAUGACCCGUCGCGGCUUUACGCACAUUGGAGAUCUCGCUAG